AAAAGAGAAGGGAGUAGAAAUAAGUAGGUGAGACAUCAAUCACGCCAAAAUGAAAUACCCAACAGAUGGCUUCCCUAAAUUUCUAAGCAGGUUCAUCCUGCGUGGCUGCAUUACUUACGCCGCUCUUCAUUCUUAUUUCCUCCUUUAUAUUGCAGUCAAUCAGGCCCGAAGCCAACGUCGGUCAUUCAUAAUUGUGCAGAGUAAGAGCAGUUUUUGGCAGCUAUAAGCUUCUGGGUCUGAAGCUUAUAAUUUUGUUGAUAGGGUGGUUAGUGACUAUCUAUUUGAUAAAGAAAUUAGGUUUAAAAUGACAGAUUCUGUUGGUGAUAACCAUGCUGUACUGGAAAUUGAGCAAGGAAACAGUAGGGCUCAGGGGAUGGUAGGGGGGCUGAGUCCACUUAGUGAGACUCUGUGGAAGGAGAAAACUGAUACAAAGGGUAUAGAUGUUUCAGCCAGGCUAACAUGGCAAGAUUUGAGUGUAACAGUGUCUAUUGGCAGUGGUGAAACUCAAACUGUUCUUCAGGGUUUGACUGGAUAUGCAGAGCCUUGCACCCUAAUGGCUCUCAUGGGCCCCUCUGGGUCUGGGAAAUCUACUCUUUUGGAUGCCCUUGCAGGUAGAUUGGCAGCUAAUGCAUUUCAGUCUGGAUCUAUCAAGCUGAAUGGCCGAAAGCAAAAGCUCUCCUUCGGAACUGCAGCAUAUGUAACUCAAGAUGAUACGCUGAUUGGGACCUUGACUGUACGAGAAUCCAUAGCUUACUCUGCUCGCUUAAGACUCCCUGAUAAAAUGCCCUGGUCAGAGAAAUCUGCACUAGUAGAGUCUACACUUGUAGAAAUGGGUCUUCAAGAAUGUGCUAACACUCCCAUAGGAAACUGGCAUUUGAGGGGAAUAAGUGGCGGAGAAAAGAGAAGAGUGAGCAUUGCCUUGGAAAUUCUCAUGAGGCCAAGGUUGCUGUUUCUGGACGAGCCAACAAGCGGUUUAGACAGUGCAUCAGCUUUUUUUGUCACUCAAACAUUAAGGAGCCUGGCCCGGGAUGGCCGUACUGUCAUAGCUUCUGUACAUCAACCUAGCAGCGAGGUGUUUGAACUCUUUGACAGUCUGUACUUGCUCUCUGGAGGAAAAACUGUAUACUUUGGAAAGGCAUCUCAGGCAUGUGAGUUUUUCGAACAAGCAGGAUUUCCUUGCCCACCUUUCCGGAACCCAUCUGACCACUUUCUGAGAUGCAUAAACUCAGAUUUCGACAAAGUAAAAGCUACGCUCAAAGGAUCAAUGAGACUACGGAUUGAGAGAUCAGAUGACCCUUUGGACAAAAUCACCACAAGUCAAGCCACCCAGACUCUUGUAGAUAAGUACCAGUUCUCUGAGUAUCAUCAGGCAGCACAGGCCAGAGUACAUGAAAUAUCACAAAUUAGAGGAACUGUAUUGGAUUCAGGGGGCAGCCAAGCUAGUUUCUUGAUGCAGUGUUACAUUUUAACACGUAGGUCCUUUGUGAAUAUGAGCAGAGAUGCUGGGUAUUAUUGGCUCAGGCUUGUCAUCUACGUUUUUCUCACAAUUUGUAUAGGAACCAUCUACUUUAAUGUUGGUACAUCCUAUAAUUCCAUUCUGGCCAGAGGAGCUUGUGCUUCCUUCGUUUUUGGCUUUGUUACUUUCAUGUCUAUUGGAGGCUUUCCAUCUUUUGUUGAAGAUAUGAAGGUGUUUCAGCGAGAAAGGCUAAAUGGGCAUUAUGGGGUUGUGGCUUUUGUGGUGGGCAAUACCCUAUCAGGAACGCCUUAUUUGCUUAUGAUUUCAAUAAUGUCAGGGACAGUUUGUUAUUACAUGGUUAGACUACACCCUGGGUUCAGCCACUAUGUCUUUUUUGUGCUGUGCCUAUAUGGAAGUGUUACAGUGGUGGAAAGUCUUAUGAUGGCCAUAGCUAGUGUUGUGCCUAACUUCCUCAUGGGUAUUAUCAUCGGUGCUGGCAUUCAGGGUAUGUUCAUGCUGGUAUCAGGAUAUUUCAGGCUUCCAAAGGAUAUCCCAAAGCCUGUGUGGCGAUAUCCCAUGUCUUACAUCAGUUUCCACUACUGGGCAUUGCAAGGUCAGUACCAGAACGAUUUGUUGGGUUUGGAAUUUGACAACCAAUAUCCCUACUAUCCCAAGAUAUCAGGCGAAUAUGUGGUUUCCACAGUGUUUCAAAUAGACAUAAAGCGAUCAAAAUGGUGGGAUCUCUCAGUUAUAUUGAGCAUGAUUGUCAUCUACCGGAUUAUCUUCUUCAUAAUGAUCAAGAUUAGUGAAGAUGUGACUCCAUGGAUCAGAGGUUACUUUGCAAGGAGGGCUCUCAAAAGAAAAGAAAAUCGAUCAAAAACCACUGUAAAAGCAGCUGCACAAUCUCAGCCUCGUUUAAAUUCGUUGCCCUCAUUGAACAAUUUUCUGUAUCAAAGCAGUGGAAGAUAGAGAGGAAUUGCAAAUUAGAGUAUGGCAUAGAACAUGCAUCGAUGAUUGCUUGCAUGAAUUCUUAUAAUAAGUUGCUUGCAUGUAUGAUAUAAUUUAAGUGCCCCACACGUAUAUAUAUAUUAUAUUAUAUGUAAUAGGUUGGAAGCUUAGAAGUGGCUGAGACGGCACUCAAGAGUCCGCCUGCAUCUGCAUCAUGUAUUAAACAGCCGACUCGAUUUGCAUGGAGUCACGACGAAUAGUUCGAGUUUUUAGCUUCUAUUUUUAAUUCC